AUGCAGGUCUACAGAGGACAUUUUUCAUCUCAAGCGGCUGAAUCAGAUCAGAAUCUUCAGCUAGAGAGUCUCGGAACGUUUACUGUCUGCAUCGUGGGUGCCGGACCAAGCGGGUUCUACUGUGCAAAGGCCCUUCUGCGGCAGGCGCGCCUCCACCACCAGCAGAUCGAGAUUGUGUUGAUAGACAAACUACCGACUCCAUUCGGCUUAGUUCGCUACGGUGUAGCUGCGGAUAAGCCCGAAAUGAAGGCUGCAGCGCACCAAUUAGCCGCAGUGGCAGAGACGCCGAAUGUUUUCUUCCGCGGCAACGUGAUGCUGGGACGGGAUGUGCUGCUUGAGGAGUUACGCGCCUUGUUCGAUGUCGUAGUAUUAGCCAUGGGAGCAGCGGACGGCGUCUCCUUGCCAGUACCUGGGGCAACUCUUUCGGGUGUAUGUACAGCUCAUGAUCUUGUCCUAUGGUUCAAUGGACAUCCCGCAAUGCAGGGGUUGGAAGCGCAUCUAGGCAAAGCGCACUGCACGAAGGCCCUUGUUGUGGGGCAUGGCAAUGUAGCUCUCGAUGUCGCACGCGUCCUUCUGAAGGCAGCGGUGGACACGCCCCGCACACAGCCGCAAGCGCGGGAGAAGACAGACCCUUCGGGAGUGGGCAUAGAAGGCUCAGACGCAGCUGCAAGAUCUGCAAGCUCUGAGUCUCUGAUGCACUCCCCAGUGCCACUGUGGACGACCGAUAUCAACGAGGCUGCAUACACCUGGGCGCGCAGUCGCCGCUUUAGGUGGAUACGCGUAAUUGGACGGCGGGGCCCUGCACAGGCCUCUUUUACCAACAAGGAGCUGAGGGCACUUCUGAAGGAACCUUCUUUGCUGGCUGUGAUUGACCCUAAAGAGCUCGAGGAGGGCCUCAAUGAAGCCUCACGAACAGAAAUACAAGAGGAAGCAAAGGGCUCAGCAACUCUUCACUCAGAUGGCAGCGAACAACCAGGAAGCAUCGGCUCUGUCCUGCUGCAGCGCAACGUUUUAUCAGGCCCCGCCCACGCCCAGAAGGCGGUCUCCGCGCAGCACAGCCAGCCGGGAGGCGUUGAGGAAUUUCCAGCAUCCUUAAUGGUUUGGAGCGUUGGGUUCAAGAUUAAUGCUUCUGAGCGGCUCCGUCCAGUGCCGGAACCUGCAGCAGCAGCGGCCGUAGAGGGCUCGGGAGAAGCAAAGAAACAGCCCCUUCCAACAAAGGGCCUCCUCUCCACCGUCCUGCCUACUUGCUCCAGAGGGCUGCUGUUGCACACCAGCGGGAGGGUGCUGCCGCCUCACCAGGAAGACGCAGCAGUGGAGGAAAGAGGGACGAACAGAGAAAAGCUAGGAGCCCUCUACGUGAGUGGCUGGUUCAAGGGCGGCCCCAAAGGGACGAUUGCCGACUCCCUGAUUGAUGCUCAGCAGACAGCCCAACAGAUUUUCACAGACCGCAUGCGCAGCUCUGAGAAGACGCGUGAGAGCAUGUCCCCGUCAAACAGUUCAGACGCUCUGGCAGCCCUGGAUGCUUUGCUGGGCUCCCGAGGAGUCCAGGGUGUUUCGUUUGAUGGUUGGAAAAAAAUUGCAUUUGAGGAGGAAACGAGAGGCAAGGCGGAGGGGCGAACAGCCCGCAAAGUCGUCUGCUUGAAGGAGAUGCUGCGAAUAGCAGCAGGCGGUAAGAGUUAA